GAAUAUAAAACACAAAAGCAAGUCCAGACUUCCCUCUCCUGGCCAUGAAGCUGUUUUCAGCUUCGCCUCGGCGGCUGAAUAUCUUAAAGUCCGUUGCAGGAAUGAGAGCCUUUGUACUAAAGCCGUCAUCACAGUGACCAGACAUAAAUUUUGUUAGACGUUUCUGCUAAGAUUUAAAACGGUGAUGACAGCACAGAAACCCAAAGAAUAUUAGUGAACUGGAGGCAUGAGGUAAACUGCCAGGAGAAAUUACUGUCUGAUGCGUCAAACUUUCAGCAGCUUAUAACAACAAAACGGUUGAUUUACCUUCCAAAAGUCAAUAUACAUGUGAACCGUUUUCCCAUUGUGGGCUCUGAAAAGGGACGAAGGAGAAAUUUAAGUUCAGUCUCGUUUUCAUUUCUAUUCUCUUAACACAUUUUUCUUAAUAAUUGACUUGGUGCUUGCUUUCUGAUUCAGAGGAAUGUGUGCACUGGUUCGACUGUGUGACAGUCAACAAUGACAUGCAUUUUAUGCUUUUUACCCCAUUCAAGCAAACCUGUUUUACAUAACAUUUUUUGUGAGGAUCAAAUGUAGAGCAGAAAUUCCCUAAAAGUCAAAUAACUGUUCUGGAUUAUUAGUUUCCCCUGUGGAUUCUAGUCAGAAACUAUGAUACUAAUGUUGGUGCCCCUUUUUCUUUCAGCUCUCACUGCACAUGUGCAAGCAGGAGCUGUUUAAGUGUUUCCAUAGCAACUAGUUUUCCCAGAUUUCCCUGAGCUGCAGCAGGUUUUCUUUAGGAAUCAGGAUCUGGAGCAACUUUACUCACUUUGUCUGCUUAAACGUGAGCGACAAGGCGACAAAUAGCCAUGGCUGACCAUUACGAUGAGGGGAGAGACACAGAAGAGACCAGCAAACUUCUUUGCUCCGAUGCAGAUCAAAAAGACAGCGUUCCCAGACCGGAUCACUGUGACCUCCUCCUAGAUGCGAUAGAUCGACAACUAGAUCAGCUGCAGAUUGUGUCUCCAAAACCAAAGUGUGAUGUGGUUCCUACAUCAAAAACUGGCAAAAACGAAAAUACGCUGACCUUCUGUGAUGUUUCUGUUAAUAACAAGGAAAGCAGAAGAAGUCUGGACAUAAUCCUCAGGGGCAAAGAAGAAAGUACAUUUUGUCGGGAUCAGGUCGCCUGGAGGCUUCAGAGGCUUCUUGGAGAGACACCUCCUCUUUCAGAGAGUAUCUGCUCUGAGGAAUUUGGAAGAGGCUUCAAAGAGGAGACGACAGACCUGUCUCCAUUUGGAAAUGCGGACCAAUUAGACGGCGAGAACAAGACAGAAAUCUCCGACAGUGACACUCAUGAAAGUGAUCAAAACUGGCAACGUCCAGAGGAAAGAAGGUUGGAAACAAGCGACACGGUGAUGGCUCGUGGUUUACAGUCCAACAAAUCUGGUCCAGGAAGGGAAGACGGUGCGUUUCUUUCUGACAGCAUUGGAGAAAAUAUGUUGCACCGUAAUGAGAAGGCAGGAGCCGGAGAGGGAAACAAGACGCCACAGAGGCCUGGAGACCGCAGCAGCGGAGUUGCAACAUGGAGCUUUGGCGACAUGUCGACUGAUGGCAAUCUUGAUCUGGACGUCACUGAACAGGUCAGCCGGCAGGUCAGGCGGACAGGGUGUUGCUCCUUCAUGAAGGAUGUUGGUGGUUUGAAUGACGGCUGCGUUGAGCACUGUGACAGUGACUCAGCUGGAGAGGAAGAGAGAGAAACUCACUUUACAGCAGCUAGGAGAUUCCCUGAUGGACGGGAACAGAGGAAAUGUUUUUCUGCAUCCUCCAACAGUCAGCAGAACAACAGAAAAACCAACAGUGAAAAUAAAGACGGCAGUGAAGACUUUAAAAACCUCAUCAGGAUGUCCGCUCCAGUGAAGACAUCGGAGAGGCAGCUGUCAGACUGCAUCCACAUGAGAGAGGAAGUCUUUGACCUCCGAUGUAAAUGCGAGAACGAGGAGAAGAAACUCAGGUCAAAGUGGAUUCAGCUGAAAGAAGUUGAGCUUUGUCUCUCUGAGCUCCGGCAGAAAAAGAAGGAAGCCGUUCAGCAACUAGAACAACUGUCUGCAGACACGACUUGGAUGCAGAAGGAGAAAAGGUGUUUGGAGUUUGUUCUGAGAAACAGCAGGUACCAGCUACAGCAGUUGCAGAGUCAGACCGAGUCGCAUCUGAAAACUGUGUUCUGGUGGAAGAAGCAGCUGGAGGAGCUUCGUGAGGAGCUGCACAGGGCCGCGGAGCCAGGGAGCUCACCGCUGAACAGAUGUGCAUGUCAGCAGAAACAGCUGGAGAAAAGGCAUCAGACUGAGGAGUCCCCUGAUGCUCAAGUUGGCGAGCUCCAGCACAAACUGGGAGAAUGUAGGAUGGAGGUGGGAACGCUGGGCGAAAUGUUGGCGCAGAAGGAGCUGCAGCUGACGGGUCUGCAGGAGGAACGAGACUCUCUGCAAGCGGAGAGAGACGACCUGAUGAGGGAGCUGCAGCUCUACAGAGAGCUGGAAGAAGCUCAGGCAGUGACGCAGCAAGAACUGAGCCUCCACAGGCAAGAAAAAGAUCAAGCUUUAAAGGCACGUCUUAUUCAGGAGCACAUUGAGGCGUUGUGCAGUCUGAAACGUGUUCCUGGGUCUGAGGGAGGGGCGGCAGCGUCUCUCUGCAGGCAGCUGAAGGCCCGGGAGCAGGAGCUGAGGCAGCUUCAGAUCAGCAUGGCUCAGCGGAAGCAGCAGUCUGCGGCUCGCCUCGCAGACGGCUUUACCGAGCAGCUGACGGCUGAUCUGGAGAGGUGCAAGACGACGCUGAUGAGGUGCAGCUUUUACAGGAAUGCAUCUAAGAUGAAAGAAACAAGUCCCGACGGCAGCAACAUGUCUGGCGCAAAGGAGUCUGAGGAGGCUGUUUGCUCCCACUUGCAUCAUGCAGUGGUCUGCGCAGCUGCACACUCCCCUCAGACGUCUCUCUGUUUCAGCUCCUUUGCUCCCUGCAGAGCAGAGUGAAGCAGCUCCAGGUAGAAAAUCAGGCUUUCCCAGACACACUGAGCUUUGAUGUAUCAGGAUCCUCUCUGACAACAGCGAGAGGGGAAUUACCCAAGGGAGAUUUUUGAGGAUAUUUCCCUGCUAAGUAUAAUCACAGGCUGUGCAGUGGCGUACAAAAGUAUUUACACCCCUUGGAGUUUUCUGAAAUGCAACGACGAACUCUCCUGUGGGCGAUGGAGGCUCAGUGGUAGUUGAGGGUUUGAUUCCCACAUGAUGAUAUGCCCUUGGGCAAGGCACUAAACCCCAAGUUCCCCUACUGAUGUGUGUUUGAAUGACUGUUAAGAGUCUGGUGUAAAGUGCUAGGAGCUGUAAGCAUUCCAGAAAAGCACAAAUAAAUUUGGUUCAUUCAUGUUUUAUAAUAGACUAAAAUUAGGGCAACGUUGAGAAGAGGAAGGAAAAGGAGACCUGCCAUGCCAAUUUUAAAAAUUAAAAAAAAAAAAGUGGAUUAAUAUUCAGGUCCCACUGAGUUAAUUCCUUGUAAAAGCAUUCUUUGUGGUAUGACUCCAAAACCGCACAACUGAAAUUACGUUGAAUGUAUUUUAAAGCCAAUCAGUGGCAGUCAUUAUGACUCACUCACUGUUACAUCUGCAUGUGAUAGAAGAAUAAAAGGCAGGUCACUGUGACAUAAGGCAGCAUUCAUCUGCGCCGAGGAAAAGGGAUCUUCCGUGGCCUGUCGACACGGUGAACUGUGAAUGAGUUGUGAACUGUGAAUUAAAUCAUGCCACUUUUGUUAAAUAACCUAAUAAAACUGUCAUGUGUGAGGAAA